AUGCAUCAUCAGAUUGUCCAGUACAUGAAGUCCAAGUGCAUUGACGUCCUUUGUCUACAAGAAACCAAAGCCAAGCGUACUUCUUACUACAUGAUCGAUUCGUUUACCUUCUACACAUUCAGCAAUGCGAGCCCCGACAAGCAGGAGCACUAUGGUACAGGUUUUGCGUUGUCGCCUGCGGCAAAACGAGCGCUCUUACGCACACUCCCUAGCAGCAGUAAGGUGGCAGGAAUUAGUUUACACACGGGAGCUGGGGAAUUUUCAGUCAUCACAGGUCAUGCGCCGCAUAACCAGCACACCGAAGAAACCAAGCAGGCUUUUUACGACGAACUCAACCAGCUCAUAGAAAAGGUGGAAAACCGAGGCCCUUAUCUCAUUAUGGGAGACUUCAAUGCACGCAUCCAUGGUAGAAUGCACGAUGAGGAUCUUGUCUUGGGGCCCCAUUUGUACGGGAAAGGUGUUGGUUCGGUGGGAGGCGAACUGGAUAACAGGAGCUUUCUCAUCAAUUGCUGCGUCCAAAACCAGCUCCUGGUUUCCAACACGUGGUUCAAGCACAACUCCGCCAAGCAGGUCACGUACAGGGAAGUAGGAACCGCUGCCCUUCCCCAUGCCUCUGCUUCUUGGGACCCCAACUUGUUUGCUCAACUUGAUCUGUGUCUUACCCCCCGGAGAUGGAGAAACUUUGUGAGGGACGUUUCUUCCGAUCCUUGGGCGAAUGUUGACAGUGAUCAUUUCCCGUUGCUUGCAAAGGUGAGACUCAAACUGGGGGCUAGGCGCCAACAGGCGCCGCGCCCUCGCUGGGAUUUCCAUAGUGCCUCGCCCAGGAACAUCCGCGAGAUGAACGAAGCCCUGGAAGCCCGAUUGAACGAAGUAGCAGGUCAUGAGGACGUGUCCCAAAAAUGGGACUUUCUCCGGGAAGUGUUUGUUCAGGCCAUGGACGAACACAUACCUAAAUACCAGUUCGCACCUAGGAAACCCUGGAUUAGCCAGAGCACCUUGGAUUUGAUUACGCGUAGAGGUGUCCUGCGCAGCCAAGGCGACCUCCAGCAGGUGGCAAAGUACAACAAAGACAUUAAGCGUUCUGCAAAACGGGAUAAGAAAAACUGGCUCGAAGAGCAACUACAAUCAAAUUCGUGGGAGCCGAUUAAGCAGCUCAAGAAAUCGUUCCCUACAAAGAUGGUUCGACUUGAGCCUUCACCAAGUUUAGGGAUGUCAGCAACAGCCACAAAUGCGGAUAUCUAUGCCGCUCACCUAGAGCAGGUGCAGUGGGCUCCUGCAAAGUCGAGUGGGGUUGACGAUCUCUGCACGGAUCUUUUGCCACACGCUGCCCCGGACAUCGAAGAGGGCCCUUUGACCAUGGCCGAACUCAUUCAGGCUAUUAAGCAUCUCAAAUCCGGCAAGAGUGCGGGACAAGAUAAUAUUCCUAAUGAGUUCUGGAAGAACCUUUCCGGCAAAGGCUUAGAGGCUCUUUUGGACUUGUUUCAAGAUUGUUGGAGUCACGGCAAGAGUCCAUCGUCUUGGAAGCAGUCCCAGGUUAUAGGCAUAUUCAAGAAAGGUUGCGAGAGCGACCCGUCAAAUUUUAGGCCAAUUUCUUUAUUGCAGACUUGCUACAAAUUGUACGCCAGGGUGCUGGCUGCGAGGUUGUAUGCAGGUCUGGACCCUGUGCUCCGUGACAAUCAGUUCGGUUUUAGGCAAGGUAGGAGUACGAGCGACGCUAUUUUUCUUGUUCGGCGCCUGCAAGACCUUGUUGAUGCCAAGCGCAAUCAAGUUCUGCACUUGUUGUUUUUGGACUGGAGCAAGGCUUUUGAUACGAUCAAACCCGCUGCGUUACACCUGGCGCUGCGUCGGUUGAAGGUGCCACCAACCAUGUGCAAAGCAAUCCUGGACCUCACGGCGUCUCCGGUUUUUCGUGUUGUUGUGGAUGGUGAGGCGGAGAUCAACUUUAUGGAUGGCAGUAAGGUCCCUAAGGCCACCUCUGUGGUUUACUUGGGUGCUGUCAUUGACUCGCAAGGCAUUCCCACCACUUGGGGUGCUAUGGUCAUCGGAUGUGAACGGUGUCGCAAAACAGACAAACUUGGUCUUCGGUUCUUCAGCGUGUCCGUAGUUCUUGGCGUCGCCCACGGGAUGCCGCUGGGCUUCUUGACAACAUUCGCGAAAGAAGGUUGCUAUUGGCAUCACAAAGCAGGCCAGCAGCUGAAGAAGCAGAUCCAGGGAAAGAAGGUAAGCCCAGCCGAAGGGCUGGCAGCCAGCCAACGGGCUGGAAAGGAGAAAGAAGAGAAGCAGGAGUUAAGGUUUAUCAACUACGCCCUGCGAGAGAAGAAGUUCGUUUUCCGGUGGGCGUUAUCACCGGAGGAAGUCGGAGGACAUCGAGAGUUAAGGUUCAUCAACUACGCCUUGCUGAAGAAGAGCCUUGAGUCUGGACGACUUGCCUACAUCGUCAGAGCAAUGGCAGAACAACAAAGAAACUUUGAAGCAAUGCUGGCUGGCAUUGGCCAGGCCACAGAAGCUCUAGGAAGAGUUGCAAGCCAAACAGCGACUCAACAGCAGCAGCUGACAGAAGCAAUGCAAAGGCUUACUGAGGCAGCCAGCCAAGGUGCUGCCCAAGCUGCGAGAAACUCCCCGAGAAGUUUGGGAGGUGAAGGAGCGCCAAGGGCGCAACCCUCAGGUGUCCCGUUCGACACCGGAGGAAAAAUCUUGAAGCCGCCAGAAGUGUUCAACCCGGCAACACUGGAAGAAGAAGUCUCUCAAGAGUUUCGCCUUUAA